CUGCCACCUCCUGUUGUUCAUACGGAAUGUCUGAAGCCUGAGACAGCUUGUGCUCAAGGCUAUUACUGUGGGCCAUAUGGAUGUACGCGUGUGCGCAGAACGAGAUUGCAUGGUGUCCGAAAUAUGGGCGGAAGUAAGAGUUUGACAAACACAGCAGCAAGUGUCCCUACUUUCACAACAUUUGGGGAAAUAAACAAACUGAUGUUUGGUUGUUGCCAAGAUCAUGAACUACCGGAUGCGUGUUUGGAAAAAUGUGGUUUCAAUCACUUCGACAAGCACUCAAUAAUUCAAAUGGCUUUAGGUCAGAACAAGUGCCCUCUGAUUGCUGUACCUGUGAUUCAUUCUUGUGCUUCGCAGGGAAGAGAUCAUUCAGAGUGUUGUACCCGAUCGGGAGUUAGCAAAGAUUGCAUUUCAUUUUGUCAGCCGUUUGUAAGAAAACGACGAUUCGUUCAAAAACAGAUGCACUGCUUAGAUGAAGUUGAGCUCAUGAAAGCGUGCUUCUAUACGGAUAUCGUCCAUGAAAUAAGAAAAGACAUGAAAAGAGAGAUGGAAGACUCUUGGAGGAAGGAUGCUUAUCUAAGAUUGUAG